UAAUAAUUAUCUCUUUCAAUCAAGAAAAUAUACCAGCACAGAAAAAAAUAGAUGGAUGAUUUGCUAUUGAUUCGCACAGAGCAGAGCAGAUCGGUCUUUGAUAGCCGCUGGUUUGAAGUCAAUCAAUUGCUCGAAAUAGAUUCCGAAAAAGGAUGAGGUCAGAUCAAGAGGCUCCUGAAAAAGGAGGACUUCAUAAACAACGGAGAUACUAUCACUGUCUAGCUACGUAUUUGUAUUUUUAGCACUUGUGUGAUUGAACUCCGAUGUGCAGUAAAUCUCAUUGUUCUACCACUGAUUCUUUACGAAGUGAAGCAAUGUUCUGGAGUCAUUCAUGUGUCUCUUUUAAUGAUUGGAUGACCAAUUACGUCGUUUCAAAGGUUGGUUUGGUUACUUUUUCUAAAGCGUUUCUAAAAUCAUUGCUUAUAAAGAGGUUGACGACGUACACCAUACACUGUAAUGAGCUUUAAAGGUAGCAGCACUCCCAACAGCUCGACUAGAAUGAUACAUGAGAAUUCAGCUGACAAGAU